UCGUCUUCUGUCCAUUCCUUCCUCUGUAUAACGUCUACUACUCCAGGUCUGGAGACACAGCCACUGGCUCGUCAACUCCAAUUUCGCAAACUUAAUUCCAUGGACAACGCAAUACUCUUCUAGUCUCAGUCUGGAAUCAUGAAGCACCUCCAGCUCACCCCAGGCGAGGGCGUCAAACCACUGAAAGAUGGCAUAUCCGUCCCUGCCGCUCUUCCUGAAGCCAAAGAAACCAAACUUCACCCGGCAAACGCGCCAGACGCAGCAACAAACGCAUCUCUAUUCUUCGUUGGAACAGCAACCACGAUCAUAGAGUGGGAAGGCUUGCGCAUCCUCACCGACCCCAACUUCCUCCACGCAGGCGACCAUGUACAUCUCGGGCCUGGCGUAAGCGCAACACGCCGCACCAACCCAGCAGUUGACUUGGAAGAUCUUCCACAUAUUGAUGCGAUCCUGCUGUCGCACUACCACGAAGACCACUUUGACAGGCUUGUUGAAGACAAACUGUCCCGCUCAAUACCCAUCAUCACCACGCCGCAUGCACAUAGUUGUCUCACUUCCAAGGGUGCAGACUCCUUCACUAACGUACAUGCGCUUGAUUUCUGGGAGAGUCUGAUCGUGGACGUGAAACCCAAGACCGUCACAACAGGAAAAAUACCGAGUCUCAAGGUCACAGGAAUGCCGGGGAAACACGUCCCGCCUGGGCCUCUUAACGUCGCCAACGAGAUCCUCAAAGCCGUCCCGCCAACAAACGGAUGGAUGAUCGAGCUUGGCUAUGCGUCUCCAGAAUCAGCAAACGCUGAUGAAUUCGCUAGCGGAUACAGAGUGUAUAUCACCGGCGACACGCUAAUGGUCGAUGAACUGAAGGAAAUUCCCGAGCGCUACAAGGACCUCAACAUCGACCUGAUGCUAAUACAUCUUGGCGGUACUACGAUCCCAGGGCCGAGCAUGCCGCUGCUCAUGGUUACGAUGGAUGCAAAGCAGGGCGUGGAGCUAAUGCACUUGAUCGACCCUGAUGUGACGAUUCCGAUCCAUUAUGAUGAUUAUGAUGUCUUCUUAAGCCCGCUGGAUGAUUUCAAGAAGAAAGUGGAGCAGGCGGGGCUGAGUGGUAAAGUGGUGUACUUGGAUCGAAAGGACCAGUAUAAGUUCCUGGUCAAGCAGGAGGGGGAGAAGAAGGGAAUUAAGGAUCUACCCACAGCGAGUUGAGACAGAUUAGCCAGAAUUGGAAUCAUUUGCUUCGUUCAAACAUGCCGUAUGCAGAUUGUAUGUGAUUAUCACCUCGUGCUUUACGUUGUGAGAUCCAUUCGCACAGGGGGCCGUGUGGCAGCGGGCGCGCUCUCCACAGCAAAAAGCACACCACGAACUCUUUUGUCACGCUGCAAGUCUACACACGAUAGUGGGUGGGUGGUUUGACGUUUAUCAUUCCAGUGGUCCCCUGUAUGAGCGGGUCCCUGCCUCGAUUUCGUAUGCCAUUGUAAGAGUAAUCAUCCCUUAGACGCCCUCCGCCAAUGCCAUGCCAUAUCACGCCGUCAUCCUCU